CAAUAUGACGUCAUAAUAACGUCACACAGAGUUUUGAUUUCUGCGUUCUGUAUCGAAAACGAUAAAUCAAACAAGAUGGCGUGUGUUUUCAUAUCGUAACGACAAUUAUUCAUCUUAAGUGGAAGAUGAAACACAUUCUACUGUUAAUCGCGACUGUAUAUGUCACUGAAGCAGCCACUGCUGAUGUGCUACAGCGUCAUCACACUAGCUUGCAAAGCUGUGCCAAAGCAUGUUUGGCAGAGAAGGAUAUAACAUGCCGGUUUUUCAAGUUUGAAAAUACAACAGGGACUUGCCUCCUGUCAGGACGAGAUAAGCCGGACUUUUCUUUAAAUGGAGAUAAGAAGAUGCCUGGGGCUGCUGAUGUCCCUAGUAAUGAUGGAGAAGUCAAAACUCUUCUCCAAAAGUACAAAAAAGUUCAGGGAGAACUCGAUAAGCUGAAGAAAAAUACAGUUUCUAAGAGACAUAUCGUUAGCUUGAGAAGGCAACUUCAAAAGAUGAAAGGACGUGUCAAUAUAAUUAACUUGAUUCUCAAGAAAAGCCAUGGGAAGCAGAUGAGGACCAUGUCUCGUCUGUUGAGGUCAUUUAAAAGGAGUAGCAAAAACAAUAGGAGAGCACUAAGAGCAUCCAAAAAUAAACAAAAACAGAGGAUUGUGAUGAUAGGGCAUCUUGAUAAUAAUCUUGUUCGUAAUCUGCAACAAACUGUUAGAAAACAACGUAAGAAGAUGCGAAAAACCAAAGCUCAUGUUCGCAACUCCAUUAGGUUUUUAAAGCAAAAGUUCUCAAGGAUGUUGAAAAGAAUUAACAAAAGCGUGAAAUAUAAAUCUGGUGACCGAAACAAGCAACUUGGGAUGUUGAGAAAACAACUUCAGGGAAUGAAGGUUUACAGAAUGCUUAGACAGCUGAAAAAGUUAUUGAGAAAACAAGAGAGAUCUGGCAAAAGAUUGGAAAGAAAACUACAGCAAUUGUACAGAAAGAUGAAUAUGAAAAUGAAGCGACGUUUUCAAGCAGAGCGUAAAUUUGGAAAAAAAAUUGAUAAGAAAACUAUGCAGAAGGGCUUUCGUAACCUAAAACGCAUCAUGGCAAAGAAAAAUCCACAUUAUAAAAGUUUGAAAACACUUUUAAAUGGUCAUUAUUUGUUCAUAAGAGGACAGCUUCAAAACUUUAUGAGAAACCUAACACAAAGUAAGAAACAUGGAUUAAGUCAAAGGCAUGUAUUGGUGCUGAAGAAACAGCUUAGAAAUAUAAAAGCAGACUUGAAAAGAGUACAUAGACAGCUCCAGAGGAUGACCAAACUUGGUUCAAAGGGGCUGGUUCAAAGGCAGCUUAACCAAGUGAAGGCUAGGUUGCAACAGGUGAAAAGGAAAAUGUUAAAGAUUUCAAAACAACAAGGGGUUCUAAAUAGGGUUGGAAAUAAAGGAGGAAAGAAAAAUAAAGUGGUGAAUCAGAGAAGAGUUACUAUCAAAGGAAAUUUGGGAAAUAACAUCGGAAAAAAGAAGAAAAAAAUAAUUGGGAAUAGUGGUAGAAGAGGAAUACUUGUUAGAGUUGCAAAUAAAGGAAGAAUAGGAAAAAACAGAGAAAAGGGAAAUGCAAGAAGAGUUGUGUUUAAAGGUAAAAAGAUCGUUAACAGAAGAAAAGACAAUACAAUCCCAGUUGGGAAUAAGGCAGGAAAGAAAGCUAUUAUAAAAACAAAAGUGAAUAAACCAAGCGUUAAGAAUAAAAAGAUUAUUAACAGAAGAAAAGACAUUUCAAUACCAGUCGGGAAUAAGGCAGGAAAGAAAACUAUCAUAAAAACAAAAGUUAAUCAACCAAGCGUUAAGAAUAAAAAGGUUAUAAACAGAAGAAAAGACAAUAAAAUCCCAGUCGGUGAUAAGGCAGGAAAGAAAACUAUUAUAAAAACAUAUGGGAAUCAACCAAGCGUUAAGAAUGAAAAGAUUAUUAACAGAAGAAAAGACAAUUCAAUCCCAGUCGGGAAUAAGGCAGGAAAGAAUACUAUUAUAAAAACAAAAGUGAAUCAACCAAGCGUUAAGAGUAAAAAGAUUAUUAACAGAAGAAAAGACCAUUCAAUCCCAGUCGGGAAUAAGGCAGGAAAGAAAACUAUCAUAAAAUCAAAAGUGAAUCAACCAAGCGUUAAGGAUAACACGAUCGUUAACAGAAGAAAAGACAAUUCAAUCCCAGUUGGGAAUAAGGCAGGAAAGAAAGCUAUUAUAAAAACAAAAGUGAAUCAACCAAGCGUUAAGAAUGAAAAGAUUAUUAACAGAAGAAAAGACAUUUCAAUACCAGUAGGGAAUAAAUCAGAAAAGAAAACUAUCAUAAAAACAAAAGUGAAUCAACCAAGCGUUAAAAAUAAACAGAUUAAGAAUAAAUAAAAUAUUAACAGAAGAAAAGACAUUUCAAUACCAGUAGGGAAUAAAUCAGAAAAGAAAACUAUUAUAAAAACAAAAGUGAAUCAACCAAGCGUUAAGAAUUAAAAGAUUAUUAACAGAAGAAAAGACAAUUCAAUCCCAGUCGGGAAUAAGGCAGGAAAGAAAAAAAGAAUAAAAAGAUUUCGGUAUUAUGGUACAAAAGGUAACUGGUAACGGUUGCGAUUGAAGGAAAAAUGUGUUUAGCUCACCUGAUUGCUCAGGUGAGCUUUUGUGACCAGUCUUUGUCCGUCGUCUGUCCGUCCACAUUUGUUUGUAAACACUCUAGAAGCCACAUUUAUUGUCCGAUCUUCAUGAAACUUGGUCAGAAGCUUCGUCCCAAUGAAAUAUCGGUCGAGUUGGAAACUGGGUCGUACCGGGUUAAAAACUAGGUCACUAGGUCAAAAAAGGAAAAAACUUGUAAACACUGUAGAAGUCGCAUUUCCUGCCCAAUCUUCAUGUAACUUUGUCAAAAUGUUUGUCUAAAUGAUAUGUUGGUUGAGUUCAAAAGUGGUUCCGGUCCGUUGAAAAACAUGGCCGCCAGUGGGGGGGGGGCAGUUUUCCUUAUUUGGCAAUUUUUGCCCAAUCAUCAUGAAAGAUGGUCAAAACAUUUGUUUUAUUGAUUUCUCGGACGAGUUCGAAUUGGUCCAGAUCGGUGAAAAAACAUGACCGCCAGUGGGCGGGGCAUUUUUCUCUAUAUGUAUAUAGUGAAAAUAUGUGAACACUCUAGAAGGCACAUUUUUCGCCCAAUUUUCAUGAAAUUUGGUCAGAACAUUUGUUUCCUUGAUAUGAGAGUUGAGUUCGAAAAUGGAUCCGGUCCGUUGAAAAACAUGGUUGCCAGGGGGACGGGAAAGUUUUCCUUAUAUUCAUAUAGUAAAAAGGCAUGUAAACAAUCACGAAUUAAGGUCAUGUUACAUGCGAGACAACUCUUCAAAUACUGCAUUUAAGUUUACAGUAUUUACUCCCCUUUGACUAUUAAUGUUUUCAUAAUAAUACAGUGUCUUUUCGAGAGAGCACAUUUCUUUUCCGAUCUUCAUGAAACUUGGUCAGAAGCUUUGUCCCAUCGAUAUCUCGGUCGAAUUCGAUACUGGGUCAUGCCGGGUCAAAAACUAGGUCACUAGGUCAAAAAAAGAAAAACCUUGUAAACACUGUAGAAGUCAGAUUUCAUGUCCAAUCUUCAUGAAACUUUGUCAAAAUGUUUGUCUUAAUGAUAUGUUGGUUGAGUUCAAAAGUGGUUCUGGUCUGUUGAAAAACAUAGCCGCCAGUGGGCGGGGCAGUUUUCCUUAUUUGGCUAUAGAGAUACCUUGUAAACACUAUGGGCCACAUUUUUUGUCCGAUCUUCAUGAAACUUGGUCAGAAGAUUUGUCCAAAUGAUAUCUCGAUGGAGCUGGAAACUGGGUCAUGCUGGGUCAAAAACUAGGUCACUAGGUAAAAAGAGAAAAACCUUGUCAACACUGUAGAAGUCACAUUUCAUGCCCAAUCUUCAUGUAACUUUGUCAAAAUGUUUGUCUUAAUGAUAUAUUGGUUGAGUUCACAAGUGGUUCUGGUACGUUGAAAAACAUGGCCGCCAGUGGGCGGGGCAGUUUACCUGAUUUGGCUAUAGAGAAACAUUGUAAACACACUAGAAGUCCGAUUUUUGCCCAAUCAUCUUUAAAGUUGGAAAAAACAUUGGUUUUAUUGAUAUCUCGGACGAGUUCGAAAAUGGUCCAGAUCGGUAAAAAACAUGGCCGCCAGUUGGCGGGGCAUUUUUCUGUAUAUGUAUAUAGUAAAAACAUGUGAACACUCUAGAAGUCACAUUUUUGGCCCAAUUUUCAUGAAAUUUGGUCAGAACAUUUGUUUUCCUGAUACGAGAGUCGAGUUAAAAAAUGGUUCCGGUCAGUUGAAUAACAUGGCUGCGGGGGGGGGGGGGGCAGUUUUCUUAUAUUUAUAUAGUAAAAAAGCUUGUGGACACUCUAGAAGUCACAUUUUUUGCCCAAUCGUCAUGAAACUUGGUGAAACGAUUGGUAUAUAUAUAUAUAUCAGAUGAGUUCGCAAAUGGUCCCGAUCGGUAAAAAACAUGGCCGCCGGGGGGGGGGGGGCAGUUUUCCUAAUGUGACUACAGAGAAACCUUGUGAUCGAACAGUAUAGAAGUCUCAUUUUUUGCCUUAUCAUCGUUAAACUUAGUCAAUACAUUAGUUUUAUUGAUUUCUCGGACAAGUUGGAAAAUGGCUCAGAUCGGUGAAACACACUUUUUAGCUCACCUGAUUGCCCAGGUUUUAGAAUUGGUCUUUGUCUGCCGUCUGUUUGUCCACAUUUGGUUUGUAAACACUCUAGCAUUCACACUUCUCAAGCAUUCUUUUGAAAGUUGCUGAAAGAUCUCAGUCAAGUUUGAUAAUGAGCAAAAUCACAUAAUUAAUGCCAUAGUUAUUGACCUUAGAUUGUCCAAAUUUUCAUUAUAUUAUACAAAAUCCUUGUAAACACUCUAGAGGUCACAAUUUUGUUUCAGAUUUUAUGAAUCUUGGUCAAAAUAUUAAUUUUUUUAAGCAAAGUUUGAUGUUUGGUAAGGGGGGUCAACUCAAAAUAUAGGUCACCAGGUAAAAUCUUACCAAAAAAAACCAAAACACUCCAUACGCCAGAGUUUUGGUUCAAUAAUGAUGAAACCUGACCAGGAUGUUUGUCUGGACAAUAUAUAGGUCAAGUUUGGCGUUUGGUAAAGGUCAAAUGAACCGACACCACUCAGGUGAGCGAACUAGGGCCAUCUUGGCCCUCUUGUUUAAAAAACGUACGAAAGGGGAAUGCCAAAAAAGUUGUGAAUAAAUGUAUAAAGAUAAUUAACAGAAGACUAGACAAUUUAAACCAAGUUGGUAACAAGACAAGCAGGGUCACUAAAAAAAACGAUCAACAUACUAAUUUGUCUGGAAAACCUUGAAAGGUAUGGCUUGUAUAAUCAGGGUUGAAUUUUUUAACGUUGUUUCAGGCACCUUUUUAUUUCCGAGUUUUAAUUUCAUGUCCAGCAUAUAAUAUAUUCCCUUAUCUCUUCACAAAAUAAGUUCAAUGUUUACCUUAUAAUGAGAUGAUAUUUUGGGUUAUUUUUGUCACCAAGUAUACGUCGUUAGUUUUGUAUGCUUUAUUUUUAGAUCUUCAAUUGAAACGAGCCUGUAUUCGCAUGUCGUUUUAAUUUGAUGUAACAAAUACAGCAUGGCAAGUGAAGAGAUGAAUGUUCAUUUUAUUUACUUUUGUACCUGAUUAAUUAUCUGUUAUCUAAAAAAAAAUCAUUGUGUGAAAAUUACAUUGUAGCGGUCGUUUGCCGGAUAAUAUCGAGUUAAUUGUAUAUAAGUGUAUAUAAAAUAAAGCUUUUACAUUCCAUUUAAUAAAGAAAGUUUACAUUAUUAAAAAUUGCAAGAUGUUUCCAUAAUAUGCCCACCCGGUUUUCAAAAGUGUAGAUAUUAAUAGAAUAUUCACGUCCUUCACAUUGAAAUUAAAGACAUAAUCAUAAACUCUCAAUUUUCAAGGAAAUCAGAGCAUGUGAUAGUUUGAUGAUUUUAUCUGUUCAUGUUUGUUAUUUGUAUGUUAUGGAAUUACGUUUUUGUUUGAAUACAACCUAAUAUAAA